AUGCAGUUCACAAAGGUCGCCGCUGCCACCUUUUUCCUCAUCUCCAGCGUCUACGCUGCUGCCCCUGUGCAGAAGCGUGCCUCUUGCGUUGAAUACUGUGGCAGCACAUGCUACUGGCAAUCAGACAUCGAUGACGCCCUCAACCAAGGAUACUCGCUUUUGCAGUCCGGCAAGACAGACGACGACUACCCCCACCAAUACAACGACGACGAAGGCUUCGAUUUUCCCGUAUCCGGCCCUUGGUACGAAUACCCAAUUCUUUCAUCCUACAAGGUUUUCACUGGUGGAUCACCUGGAACCGAUCGUGUUAUCUUCAAUGGUGACGGUGACUACGCUGGUUUGAUCACCCAUACUGGAGCUUCUAGCUACGACGGCUUUGUUGAAUGCGAUGCUGCCUAG